AUGGCGUCAUUUUCAAAACGACUAACUGUUCACGAAGUAACCGAAUUAUUAGAACAAGGGGAUAUUGAUGAUAUUUUGGACGAUGUUACUGACAUAUUUAUGGAGCCACCAGUAAAUGUCAAUAAUGACAUCACUGAUGAAGACAGCGAUGAUGAUGGACCGAUAGGUGAUAUAAACCACAUGCCGGCUAGCUUACUAAACGCACAUAUAGUUAUACAUGAUCCUGAUACAGAAAACACAGAAGUAGCAAAAAAACACAAAGUAAGUGAUAAAAAAAUACGAAAGAAAAUAAAACAAAACAUUUCAUCAAGGCCAAAAAAUAAAAUAACAAAACAAAAUCAAGAUGCUCAACAAACUGUAUUAUGGCGUCAGGGAGAUCUCGAAACUCCUAAUAUUUUUGUUGAUGAUCAAAAACCCAAUUUAUUUUAUAAUACAUUACAACCCUAUGAACUGUUUGAGCUAUUUUUCGACCAACAAGUGUUGGAAAUGAUUGUUGAUUAUUCAAAUAAUUAUGCAUCUAAUAAAAACCAAUCACUUCAAAUUGAUGUAAACGAACUAAAGUGUUUUUUAGGUAUCUUGUUAUUAUCGGGUUAUAAUGAAUUAUCACGAAGACGUAUGUACUGGGAAAAAUCACCAGAUACCCAUAACGACUUGGUGUCAGGUGCUAUGCGACGAAAUCGUUUUGAGCAAAUUUUUUCAUAUAUUCAUUUCUGUGAUAAUAGCAAGCUUGACGAGCAUGACAAAUUUUCCAAAAUAAGACCAUUACUUUCCAUGCUAAAUUCAAGGUUUUUGAUACACACACCACAUCAACAAUUUCAUAGUAUAGAUGAAUCAAUGGUUCCAUACUUCGGCAGACAUGGCUGCAAACAGUUUAUAAGGGGCAAGCCUAUUCGAUUUGGUUUCAAAAUUUGGGUUGGGACACUGAGAUUAGGCUAUGUAGUCUGGAUAUCUCCAUAUCAAGGAAAAAGCGGUGAUCUUCAAAAUACUGAGUUUGGUCUGGGUGCGUCAGUUAUCAUAUCAUAUGCAAAUAAUUUAUUGGCACACCGUAUAGCUCCAUAUCAUUUGGUAUUUGAUAAUUUUUUCACUGGUUUGCCUUUAUUAGAAAAGUUGAGUGAAAUGGGUUUAUAUGGAACAGGGACAAUACGUUCAAAUAGAACAAAAAAAUGCCCUAUAAACGUGGCUGCAAUGAAAAAAAAGAAAGAGGUUCGUACGAAAGUUAUGUUUCUGAUUCGGGUAUUUUGGUAUGUGCAUGGAAGGACAAUAGCACUGUUACCAUAG